CAUGACCUAGCCUACCUUACUUACCAUGCACAUUCACCUUCCCCCUUGUCGCGGAUGAGAUAUAGAAGUUCCUGGGUAGCUUUUUUCUCCUCUUCCACGUAGCCUUACUACAUACGACCUACCAAUGGCCCCUGACUAAUAGAUCAUCAUUCCAAGACGUCAGAGAUCAUCGCGUACAUCAUUUACCAUCUUGUCCCUUCGACUAUGGGCCUCUCUACUCCAGUAGCUGCAACUCUCAUCGUUCUCGUCACUGUCGUGCCCAUGCUACUCAUCACAGGCUUCACCGCCCGCUUUAUCUCACGCAACUUUAGAGACGCGGCCGGUGCCAUCGAACCCAAGCCGGCGAGACGCUGGUUCGGUCUCCGCCGCGUCAAGUCGAACGACAGCGCCACCACCAGCCUCGCUACCAACACGCUACAACACGCGGACUCGUGGCCCGAUCUCGAGAGUCUGAGGACGUACCGGGACACGCCGACACCUUCGAUCCAGCGCAGGAUCCACGAGGUAGCCUUGGUACCCCAGCAGGUCACUACUGCUACAGUCCAGAUCCAGCCGCCGCCCGAGACAUGGCAUCCGUCGAGGGCCAGUCGUUUGAGCUGGAGCUUCUCGCCGACAAGGCGGAGAACGGAUCGGAGAGGGGCGGUCCCGAAGUCCCGCAGCCGCUCAAGGUACUCAAGAGACUCGGGCGUGGUUCUGGAGGGGAGUUCCGAGGAGUUACAAGCGGCUCGCGAUCAGUUCCCGAGACUGACGAGGGUUUAGGCGGUGUCCCGGUGCCGUUCGGCGAGUCUCUCGUGGUGAGGAAGAAGCGAGGGAACCACAGGAAUGAGCACAUGCCUGGCUCGAAGAACGGUGGCUAGGAGCAGUCUU